AUGAACGAAACCGGUGAACCCUCGUCUUCGUGUCGUCAUCCAGAGAUAAUCUCCGCCGGCGAGAUCAUGCACUUUGUGUCAAUCGCCGACCACGCGUUGCUCUUCUCAUCCAUUAUCUCGUCAAUCCUCCAAAUCUACGUCAUCCGAUCAGCUCUCUCACAUUUGCGGCGACGGGCCAGUGAUGAGUGUCUUCAUUUGUUUCUCCUUUCUAUGACGGCUGGUGAUCUUAUACUUACAGCGAUCUGCUAUCCGAUGGAAUACGUGCAACGAACGGAGUUGAUGGGAAUGGCGGCGCGGAUACCGAACAUUCUCAUGCAUUACCUCACCUGGGUCGGCCUUUCCGCGUCAUCGAUUUCACUCAUUUUACUCAACGUCGACAAAUUGCUUUACUUCAAGUACCCAUUGAGAUAUUCCUCGGUGAUGAAUCGAUCAAAAGGGAUCGCGAUUGUGCUCGUCGUUUGGAUUUCGUGUUUCGCGUUUGUUUUGGUCGCCUGGUUGACGGAGAGUUUCAAAUGCGGGGAUGCGGAGUGUUUCUAUUUGGAUCUCUUCGAGGGGAACGCCGCGAUUUAUGUCGUUUUUUCGAUCUCGGUGUGCAUUCUUCCCACUUUGACAAGUUUCUGUGUGGCGAUGUACAUCUUGAGGAUUGUCACAAUGCACAAGAAGCAGCUGGCUGAAGAGCAAACCCUUUGCGGAAAUCCCUCUCACGUCCAUCAAACGUUCGCCUCUCGAAUCCGAACAUUUUACUUCAUCUUCAUGACGACGAUUUUCACAGCAUGCACUCUAUUACCAUUGAGGAUUAUUAACCUAAAACGAACGCUCGCUCCACCGAACAAAUCCGAGAUCGAGUGCUGGUCGAUUUUAAGUCGAUGGUUGAUGCUGUAUCUUGUGCAAUUGAAUGCGAUCAUCAAUCCACUUCUAACAGUCACCGUAUUGCCCCAGUAUCGAGCUCGCAUCUGCCGGAAGCUUUUCGGGCUCAGCGACGGCUCCGAAGCCCACACCAAAGCUGUCAACGCCACACAACUA